AUGCAGACGUGUGCGGUGAUCGGUUGCGGUGCCGCCGGCAUGACGGCGACGGCGACGCUGCGCCAGCACGGGCUUUUGGUGACCUGCUUCGACCUCGCGUCGGCCCCUGGGGGGGUGUGGCAGAGCAGCAGCCACGACGCUUUCUCCUCGCGGGGCCUGAUCUCGCCGAUUUACCCCACAAUGCGCUGCCCGCUACCGAAGGAUCUGAUGGCCUUCAGCGACCUCCGCUUCGACUACCGCGUCGCGCAGUUCCCGCACCACGGGGCCGUCCGGCACUACCUCGGGCGCUGCGCGGAGGCGCGCGGCGUGCACGGCCUGACGCGCUUCAACACCAAAGUCGAGUCGGCCCGGCUGGACGCCCGGGACGGGCUGUGGAAGCUGCUGACGGUGAACGUCGUCAGCGGCGACGUCCUGGAGUUCGCCUUUGACCGGGUUUGCGUGUGCACCGGGCGGACCCACGCCGCGGCCUACCCCGGCGACCUCCGCCGCCGCCUCGCCGCCUACACCCGCGCGGGGGGGGAACUUUUCCACGCCGCCCACCUCAAGGACUUCCGCGCCCUCCGCCGGAAGCGCGUCGUCGUCGUCGGGGACGGCCUCACGGCCUACGACUACGGCCUCGCCCUCAAGCGCUUCGGCGCGGAGGUCUACCACAGCACCCUCCUUGGCCCCGCGGCGGCCGAGGAGGGGGUUUGGGGGGGGUUUUGGCGGCCCCGCGAGCCCCCGCGCGGCGGGGCCAUCCGCGACGCGGCGACGCUGCUCAGCCUGGCCCUCCUCCGCCUCCCCGCCUGGCGGGGGGACGUCCACAAGGCCAACGCCCUGCUCCAGCGGUGGAUGCGCUACCGCAACCACCACAUCGAGGCCAUCCCGCGCGUCGGCGCCGUCCUGGGGGCGGAGGACCGGGGGCUUCUCUUCGCCCCCGACCCCACCGCCCGGGUCCCCCAGGGCGAGCUUCUCGAUGAGGCCGCGAGGCACCAUCUGGGGCGCCGCCCCGGGACCUCCUUGACCGAGCAGGGGGUUUUUAUCGACCACAUCGACGUCGUGGUCAGCGCGACGGGCUACCACCUGCGCUUUCCCUUUCUCCACCCCACCCUGCGCCGGGAGUUGGAGGGGGAUCCGAGUCGCCUGCUGCCCGGGCCCAAUCCGGCCCCCCCGGACGCCCAUUUUGACAGGCGCGGGCUGUAUUUGGGCACCAUUUCCACCGCCCACCCUUCCCUCGCCUUUGUCGGCACCCAGAACGGGUUGCUGCCGCCUUUUCUGAUGUUCGAGAUCCAAUCCCGCUUCAUCGCGCACGCCUUCACGCGGCGCCUGACGCUCCCCGCCAGCCCGGCGGAUCGGAUCGCCGACGAGGCCCGGCUUCUCGCGCAGAACCCACUUCUCGCCGACUUGUACAACCCACAAGGCCUCGGCCUGCACUCCGCCGUCUAUUUCAACGUCCUCCAGCAGCAGAUGGGGGUCGCCUCCAAGGAGACCUACACCUCGAAGGUUUUUGACCGCUAUCGGUGGUUUUUGAUCUCAAGCGCCCUCGGCGUCUACCACAAAUUCCGCGCAAUGGCGCCGCUGAAGCGAAAAAAGCAACAUCUCCUGUUCAGCAACGCGAUUUGA